AUGUCACAGCAUGCUGACAUCCUCACCAACCCACCGUUCUACCCCAUCGAGGGUGUCGACGCGACCGCGCCUCUCCAGCAGCAGAUGGAGCAGAUCGACCAGCUGAAUACACUUCUCCUGCAACAGAUUGACGCCAACUUUGCCCGCCUACACGCGACCGUCACCACGCGCAUUCUCCCCGAGAUCAAGCGGUUCGCCUUGGCCAACCAGCCGACUCGCGAAGCCGCACAGUUCUGGCAAGAGUUCUUCACUCUGGCGUUUGGCGAAAGGCCCGGAGAAGGGAGCACGGUGGACGAGACGCAUUACGAUGAUACGCACAGCGAGCUUGGCGGGAGUUUCUUCGACCCAGCUGCGACGAGUACCCCAAUGAAGGAUCGGGACGUGAGCCUCGACGACAGCUUAGGCAGUCCAUUUGAUCGGGUCGACCGCCAGCUCUCGCGCCUCUCAAUCACAAAUACAGAUGAGCCGACACCUUCCCUCCCAAGGGGGUACGAUUUCGACCGGUCACUCAGCCCCGAUACCCCCAACGAUUAUGACUCUACACUGCGCUUUCACGCAGGAUCCACGCCACGGCCAGCUCUGCCUGACCCCGAUUCACCAACUGCCCACCGCUCCCCGUCGACAAUGCUGCUUGACAUUACUUCUACCACGUUGGGCGAACAGUUUGGGGUACUCUCUCCGUCGUCGCGCAGCAUGUUCCGCCGGGCACAUCGCACAUCCGCUCAGCCCUCGUCCUCGGCACAGCGCCAUAUUCUCGACGAAGACGACGACGUCAAGCUCGGCAUGUCUCCACCCAAGACGAUGAACUAUGUGCUCCCGCCGACGGCCCAACGGAUCAUGACGGUCGCCGCGACACCGAUUAAGGCGUCAGAUUUUGACCUGAUGGACAUGGAUUACGAGCCCAGCCCACGCCAGCACACGCCAGCGGAACUGCGGCGAUACUCGCUGGCGCCACAUGAUCUUGCAGCGGACCUGGCGGCAGCGCGGAAGGAGUUUGACGCGCCGAUCCCGGGCCCCUCCAUCCAGAAGGAGGAGCUUCCUACUGCACGGCGCCUGUUCGAGCGUCAGGAUACCCAGCGCUUCGAGUUCGACGAGUCAACGUACGGGUACCGCCCUCGCCGGAGUCUGGCCAACACAUCGUACGGGAGCGACAUUGAGAUCCAACGCGACGUAACCGGCCGUAUUAUCGGGGACGACGAGAGUAUUGAUGACGCCGACGACAGCUUUGACGACACAGCGGGAUAUGCCGAGCCGGCAGCUCAAGACUUUGAACUUGUCGAUAACAGCUUCGACUCUGAUGCGAGCGGGUAUCCGCGCGGCUCGGACAGCUUUACCGGCGAGACGAGCCUGUUUGGCAACCCCGCUGCUGGCGGUGGAGCGCACUUCGCCCUACACCAGCAAGACGAGAUGGUCACGUAUCACGGCGGCCGGCUUGAGGACGCAGCGGGGCCCGACAGCCCGACACGACGACGUUAG